AUGUCGUCCAGACCUACCGGUAGCCGGAAAUACCACAGUAAAUCCCGCACCGGCUGUCAAACAUGCCGUUCUCGCAAGAUCAAGUGUGAUGAGAAACAUCCCUCAUGCCUUCAUUGUAUGAAGAAGGGACUGCAUUGUAGUUUCCUGCAGACAGAAACUCCGACAUCGAUAGUCCCUCACUCAGAGACCUUAAAGCUCGAGCUCCUCCACCACUUCACAGUUUCAACCUUCGCCACAUUAUCUCCGGAUCCCAAUAUCCGAGAACUAUGGCGUGUAAUGAUUCCCCAAAUGGGAUUUACUACAGAUUACAUACUGGACGGGAUUUUCGCCCUCGCAGCCCUCCACAUCGCGCGCUACAACACCGGGCGGAGACAUUCUCUGCUCGCUUACGCCAUUGAACGGCAUUCGGCAUCAUUAUCAAAAGCCUUACCGUUGAUAUCCAUGGUGACGCCACAAAACUGCACACCACUCUUCGUCUUCGGGGUCUUAACACUCUAUUACAGCCUGGCGCGACCAAUUCAAGAAGAGGAUGCACUGAUUUUCGGCAACGGCGCCAUUCCGGAAUGGUUAUAUCUCAUUCGAGGCAUCGAUACAGUUGUAAUGGCGGAGGCUUCCGUCUUCUCUUCGCCUGUAUCUUUGAUAUUUCGAAGUACAUGGGGAAGCUUGGAUUAUUGGAAGACGCAUACUCCCGACGAAUCCCCGGUUCUCACGGAGUUGAAGGACAGGAUAUGUGCGGAGAUUCCGAAUAAUUUAGAACAGCAAGCCACUCUGCAGGAGACAGUUGUGGCAUUAAGUCGAAGUUACUCAUUCUUCUUUGGUCGGAAUUUCAAGGAUCAGGAUAAAUUGCGCGGAUUCUAUGAAUGGCUUUUCGAGAUUAGCGAUGCGUACCUGGGGCUUCUGAAGAGGGGAGAUAACGGGGCAUUGUGUGUGCUUGCUUUCUAUGCCAUUUUGGUGAAAGACCUUGAGAAGCAUUGGUGGAUAGAAGGAUGGGCAGUUCACCUGAUAAAGGGGAUUUAUAUGCUUUUGGAUGGAGAGCAUCGGCUGUGGAUAAGAUGGGCCAUAGAAGAGAUUGGGUGGGUUCCCGAUGUGAGCGCUGGCUCUACAUAG